GGCAUCUUCCAAACUUCCAGUACACUCCACUUCUCCCCCCAUGGCGAUCCCUCCCCGGAUCGCGGGGGCCGGCAGCGGCGGAGGCCGCAAGCCGAGGAUGCCGCCGCUCCCGCCGGCGAGGACCCUCCUGACCGCCUUCGCGGCGGCGGCGGCGCUGGCCGUCCUGUGCCUCCUCUCCUCCUCGUCCUCCUCCUCCUCCCGCACCUCGUCGUUGCGCGGUUCUUGGGGAUCCGCGGCGGCGAAGGGCGGGAAGAAGUACCUGUACUGGGGCGGCCGCGUCGACUGCCCCGGCAAGCACUGCGGCACCUGCGCCGGCCUCGGCCACCAGGAGUCCAGCCUCCGCUGCGCCCUCGAGGAGGCUCUCUUCCUCGGCAGAAUAUUUGUUAUGCCCUCAAGAAUGUGCCUUAGCUCGGUACAUAACACAAAAGGAAUCCUCCAUUCAACCAAUGCAACUUCGGAGCAAAGAUGGGAAGAAAAUUCUUGCUCAAUGGAUUCUCUAUAUGAUAUAGACCUUAUCUCAAAAAUAGUACCUGUUAUUCUGGACAAUUCCAAGACAUGGCAUGAGAUAAUGUCAAGAAGUAUGAAAUCAGAUGGAGGCAUGGCACAUGUUCAAGGAAUUGGCAGAGCUGAACUCAAAGAUAAUCCCCUGUAUUCUAAAGCUCUCGUAAUAAACCGCACUGCAAGUCCUCUUGCUUGGUUUAUGGAGUGCAAGGAUCGCAAAAGCCGCAGUUCCGUGAUGCUUUCUUAUACCUUCUUGCCAAGUAUGCCAGCUAAAAAAUUGAGGGAUGCAGCAAAUAAGAUGAAACAAAUACUUGGUGAUUAUGAUGCUAUCCAUGUGCGACGUGGUGAUCUACUGAAAAAUAGAAAAGACAGAUUUGGUGUUGAGCGGAGCCUUCAUCCUCAUCUGGAUAGAGACACCCGACCUGAGUUUAUCAAAAAGCGAAUUGCAAAGUGGAUCCCCGAAGGUCGGACUCUAUUCAUUGCCUCAAAUGAAAGAACACCAGGCUUCUUUUCUCCUCUGUCAGACAAGUACAAAUUAGCAUACUCGUCCAACUUUAGUAGCAUAUUGGAGCCAGUAAUUGAGAACAAUUACCAGCUAUUCAUGGUGGAGAGAUUAAUGAUGCGAGGAGCAAAGACAUUCGUGAAGACAAUGAAAGAAUUUGACAAUGAUCUCACCCUCUGUGAUGAUCCAAAGAAGAACACCAAAGUUUGGCAAAUACCAGUCUAAAGAAGAACACCAAAGUUUGGCAAAUACCAGUCUAUACAGAUGAUUGAUAAUAGCUGGUUAUCUGACCACCCGGCAUUGUGCACUGCAGCACGUUUUGUUCAUACAUAUAUAUAUAUGCACAUGUGUUCGUAUGGGAGAGGUGUGAAAUUGUUUCUUCAUUCUUUUCACAAUUAGUUAGAGAGUAGGUUAUAGGAGGAAUUUUGUUUGUAGCAGAAUGCAUAUAUAUAUAUAUAUAUAUAUAUAUAUAUAUAUAUAUAUAUAUAUAUAUAUAUAUAUAUAUAUAUAUAUAUAUAUCCCAUUUUGCAUUCUCUGUAUAUUCAUGUAUAACAAUCAACUGGCACCUCGAGGUUCAGUUCUGGGGAUAAUAAUUAGUCGAUCGAUACUACUUUAAUGA